AUGUUAACUGAAAGAAAAAGUGGUUCUAAAAAUAAGACGUUCCUCUCAAAUUUAUUUAAUGCUAUUGAUAACGCUUUGGAUGGUAGUGAUGAUGGAAGCGAUUCAGAAAGAGAAAGCAUUGAUGGAAAACAGCAUGAACUUGAAGAAUAUGAACGUGAAAAUGAAUGUAAAGUUUGGCGAAAUCCCAUGGCUCUCUUUCGAGGUGCAGAGUAUGGGCGUUUUCACAGAGAAACAGGCCAAGAGCCUCUAACUUAUUAUGAUUUGAAUUUAUCAGCACAGGAUCACCAAACAUAUUUUUGCUGUGAAGCAGAUGCUGGGAAGGAAGAUUUGGAAAUAAUGUCGUUAGCUUGGAGAGAACGUGACAGUCAAGUACGUAUAUCUGAAGCAAAGAGAGCACUUAAAUGCAAUCCUGAAUGUGCUCCUGCAUUAAUUUUAUUAGCAGAAGAAUUUUGUCAAACAAUAUCUGAAGUAGAAGAAUAUUUAAGAAAAGCACUUCGAAUUGUUGAAGGAAUGUAUAGACGUAGUCAAGCAGCUGUUUAUCCUGAUAUAGAAUCUCAACAAAAAAGUCGAGAUAUUAAUAUGCUGGUUUUUAUCCGUCGUCGACUAGCUAUGUGCUCGAGAAGAGAAGGACGUGUUCGCGAGGCAAUUAAAAUAAUGCGCGAUAAUGUUAUGAAUAUCCACGAAAAUUUAAUUGAAGCAUUAUUGGAGCAACGUGCCUAUGCAGAUGCUAUGGCUGUAUUAGCCAAAUAUGACUCUUAUGAUGAUUGUGUAAUGCCAAAAUCAGCAACUGUUUGCUUUACCUCAGCUUUACUCAAAGCUCGUGGUGUAGCAGACAAAUUUGAACCUGAAACAAUGCGAAAACGAGGAUUUUCUUCGGCAGAGCUAGCUGCUGUUGAAGCUAUCCACAGAGCGGUGGAAUUUAAUCCUCAUGUACCUCUUUAUCUUUUGGAACGAAAGCCUGUAACAAUGCCACCCGAACAUAUUCUAAAACGCGGUGAUUCCGAAGCUGUAGCUUAUGCAUUUUGGCAUUUACAGCAUUGGAAACGAGUAGAAGGAGCUCUUCAAUUACUACAAUAUACGUGGGAAGGAACCUUUCGAAUGCUUCCAAAUCCCACCGAGAAAGGUCAUCUUUUCUUUCCUUAUCCAACAUGUACAGAACAAGCCGACAAAGAAUUAUUUCCUCGUUUGUAUUUUAAUAAUUUUUAA